GGCGCUGAGUUUCAGGCCGUGUUGUCAAACACUGUUGUGUAAAAGGGUCGAUUGCUGAGUCAUGGGUAGAUGUUGCUUAACGUGCACGCAACAAGGAGAACAGUGGUAGCAGCCGGAGCACACACAGUGGAUAGUAGCGAUGGCAGACACCUAGGUAUAUAUCACUAAGUUACAGUCAGCCACGUUAUAAAGAGUCGUUAUUGUUAAAGCAAUGUAUAGCCGACGAAGCUAACAGCUAAUAGUUUUUAGUGGACUUGCUAGCUUCCGAGGAGUCACCUCUGUGAGAAGUGGAGUGCCUGCAUCAUUCAGGUGAAGUUGACAGCAACCGCCUGGCAAAUAAGCUGCUGGCAUGAUGAUUCACACCUACUGCGAAGCCAAUUCCUCCAUCUCCCUCACCUGGGUGGAUGAAGGCAUCUCCCCCUGCUUCUACUUCACACUGGUCCCCGCCAUCCUGCUAACUAUCGCCUUCUUCCUCGGCACCAUCCACUGCGUGUGCUACCAGAAAUAUGGCACAGCAAUGGAACCCAAGUUCGUCCCACGCUCCCUCCUCUUCAGUUUCCAGCUGGCCAUCUCCGUCCUUCUCCUGGUCCAGUUUCUGAGUGGGUUGGUCUGGCGGGCUGCCAGCGGAGCAGAGCUCCCAGGCUAUGUGCUGUUGUAUGGCUGCUUCUCUGCGCUGGGCUGGGCCUGGGCUAUAGCCCUGCUCAGGGUGGAGAGACAUAGGGUCCUGGUGAUGGACCGGACAAGGGGCCACAGCACGGCCCUGCUGCUGUUCUGGGCUGUGGCUUUCUCAGCCGAGAACCUGGCCUUCAUCUCCUGGUACAGUCCUCACUGGUGGUGGGGCCUGGAGAACACUCAACAACAGGUGAGGAAAGGUCGAAUAUCACAUGAGAUCCAUUUCUUUAAAUCAUCAUUUUGA